AUGGGCACGAUAUAUAUCUCUCAGCUUGACGCGUUCGAGCUCUACCACCAGAUCCAAGAAGAGAAGGACCAGAAAAAUGGUGGUUCCGGUUCUAAGCAGCUCACGAAAGCCAUUGCAGACGGGCUGGCUGGAUCAGUCGGUGCAUCUCUCUCAAAUGUCAUCGUGUAUCCCCUUGCCCUAAUCAUCACUCGCCUGCAAAUACAGAGACAGCUCCGAAAGAAUGCCCAAGAAGCUAGCGAAGAAGAGUACAGAGGGUUGGUCGAUGCCGCUCAAAAGAUCUACAAUAAUGAAGGAGGAUUCUCCGGUUUCUUUGCUGGCGUUCUGUCAGAUACUGGCAAAACAAUUGCCGAUUCGUUUAUAUUCUUCCUCCUCUACGACUACAUCCGACGUGGUCGUUUCGCUAAGAAUGGCAACAAGCAUAACUUGCCGGCUUAUGAAGAACUAGGCGUGGGCUUCAUUGCAGGUGCCACGACGAAGCUCCUGACAACGCCCAUCGCGAACGUUGCCACUCGUCAGCAGGCUGCGGCCCUAAGAAAUCCUGCUGGCCGAACUCCAGGAUUUAUGGAAAUUGCGAGAAGGAUACAAGAAGACGAUGGGAUUUGGGGCUUCUGGUCCGGAUAUUCUGCCUCACUCGUUCUAACGCUGAAUCCAAGUUUGACGUUCUUCCUGUUCGAGUUUUUCAAGCGUGUCACUUUACCGAGAUCAAAACGCGAUCAGCCUCCUGCUUCUGCGACUUUCGUCCUUGCAGCUCUGUCAAAAUCGUGCGCUAGUAGCGUCACAUAUCCUAUCAGUCUCGCCAAAUCACGUCUACAAGCAGGAAGCUUGAACAACAAAAAGGAAGAGCAAACCCAAGACAAGACUGUCGAAGAAGCAGUUCAAUCGAGAAGUGAUCGGGUAGAAAAGUAUGGAAAGAAGGCGGCUCGAAACACUUUGUUCAGUACAUUGCUCACAAUCUACAAGACUGAAGGGCCUUCAGCUUUCUACGAAGGCCUACAUCUCGAAGUCCUCAAGGCUUUCCUAUCUCAUGGCAUUACCAUGUCGGUGAAGCAAGCGGUCACAAGAGUCAUUUCACGGAUUUCCUAUCUUCUAGGUAUCAUCUUUUCCAGGUACACUUCCAAGGCGGCUCGACGAGCUUCAAAACUAGCAGAGCGAGCAAAGGACCAAAGUGUGGGGUAUUACGACCUCAGCAUCAAGAGAGUAAACGAGAAGUUUCAGGACGCUACAGAUGCUGCAAGAACGAAAGCUAACGAAGUCGCUGAAUUUGUACAUGAGUAUGUCGAAGAAGACGAUAGUCAGGGUUGGAAAGACCUGUACGGCACAACUGGACUUUCAAAGUGGCUCGAUGAACGAUUCACUGACGAUGACAAGUGA